AUGGUUGAUGUUUCUCUCUCCUCUUCCUUCCUCUCUGAAAUCAAUUAUAUAAAUAUAUAUAUAAUAAAAGUGGCCCCUAGACAGUUUGGUUCAGUGGAUAGAGCAUUGUGUUGGCAUGGGGACCAAAGUGUCCUGGGUUCGAUUCCCAUCAAGGGCACAUACCUCGGUUGUAGGAUCCUCCCUGGCCCAGGCCCUGGUUGGGGCUCCUGCAGGAGGCAACCAAUCAAUGUGUUUCUCUCACUUCAAUAUUUUUCUGUCUUUCCUUCUCUCUCUCUUCCUCUAUCUCUAAAAAUCAAUGGAAAAAUACCCUCGGGUGAGGAUUAA